GGGGUACAGUGCUGGAGCCAUGGGGAAUCGUGUCACUCGCGGGGACUUCGAGUGGGUCUAUACCGAGCAGCCCCACACGCAGCGCAGGAAGGAGAUCCUGGCAAAAUAUCCAAGGAUCAAGGCUCUGAUGGGACCAGAUCCACAUUUGAAAUGGAUUGUAUCUGGAAUGGUUUUCAUGCAGUUUCUAGCAUGCUAUCUGGUGAAAGACUUAUCUUGGAAAUGGAUUCUCUUCUGGGCUUAUGCUUUUGGGGGUUGCAUCAACCAUUCAUUGACCCUAGCCAUCCAUGAUAUUUCACACAAUGUCGCCUUUGGGAACAAGCAGGCCAAGUGGAACCGAUGGUUUGCAGUCUUUGCCAACUUGCCAGUUGGUGUCCCUUACUCUGCUUCCUUCAAGAAAUACCACAUAGACCACCAUCGGUACCUUGGUGGGGACAGCCUGGAUGUGGACAUUCCUACAGAUUUUGAAGGCUGGUUCUUCUGUACGCCACUUCGGAAACUGCUUUGGCUCUUCCUCCAACCUCUAUUCUACAGUCUGAGACCACUGUAUGUGAACCCCAAAGCAAUUACACAGAUGGAAAUAUUUAAUGCCCUUGUGCAGUUUUCUGUAGAUUUUAUUAUUUUCUAUCUUUGGGGACUCAAACCUAUUAUUUACUUAAUAGCAGGUACAAUUCUUUGCAUGGGCUUACAUCCCAUAUCUGGGCACUUCAUAGCAGAACACUACAUGUUCUUAAAAGGAUAUGAGACAUAUUCUUAUUAUGGACCUCUGAACUGGCUCACCUUUAAUGUGGGCUAUCACAUGGAGCACCAUGAUUUCCCCAGCAUUCCUGGAAGCAAGUUGCCAAUGGUGAAGAAGAUUGCAGCAGAAUACUAUGACAACCUCCCUUACCACCAGUCCUGGAUCCGAGUCCUGUGGGACUUUGUAUUUGAUGACAGUAUCGGUCCUUACUCAAGGGUUAAGAGAAAAUGCAAACUGGCAAAAGAAAGCUAACAGACCAGCUGCAGCUGCUGCACUGGCAUUUUGUUUGUUUGAAUGGUUUGAGUGCUCUGCAGAAGAAGAAGGAUGCUUGUGUGUGCUUGGUGUAGCAUUGGUACGUGCUCCUUGGAUGAAGAGGACGAGUGUCUGCACUAUUUAAAACUACUGAUACUUUUUAAUAAUGGAUAUUGUAUGCAAUCUUGAAAAACUAGACGAGAGCAAGAUACAUUCACAUGAAUCUUGGUCUAGGCUUAGAAGUAACUUCCUGGGACAUGUGUGUCCAAUGUGGAGUUUUGGCCUGGUCUGCAAUGAAGAAUGUUUGUUGCGUGAAUGGACGUGCUUGUGUGUAGGGUAGAACUGGUUUCUCUUCAUGCCAAGUUAGAUGUAGAUGCUUUGCAUGCAUAGGACCAUGAAAGCAGGGAUGACUGGCAUGCAGUAGCAAAUGAUACUUUCUAGAGAACACGAGAGUGCCUUCAAAUUGCCUAAAUAUUUUGUGCCUGACAAUAGAUGCUUGCAGUGAUUUUGUAUAUGAAAUGGAAUGUGUAUGUAUUUUUUGUAUAUCUGAAUCAAUAUUUUGUUAGCUGCUGUUUGACCUCUAUUUCAGGGCUUUUUCUAAACCUUUCCUGAGCCAUUUCUGUUCUUAGUACCUGGUGUUCAGUGUAACUUACUGGCAGAGUUGAACUGUGAUGCGGAAAAACCCUUUCUUUAAUCUUCAGCUCACUGAUCAGCAAUAUGGCAUACCACAGCUCGUGUUGUGAGGAAUGGCUGAUCCUUUCCCACUCAUUCUUUCAACAGUGUUCAUAAUUUCAUCUUUCCUCAUAUCUCUCACUACUAGAAGCCCCUCUGGGAGUGGAAGGGUUCUAGUUUAAAUUGCUCCUUAUAAGGGCUUUUACUGUUCCUGAUCAUCUUUCUUGAUCUUCUGUGUAUUGUACCAAUUUCUGUGAAUAGGAGUUAGGAAUAGCUAUCAUUGAAGACACUGGAAAUGUUAUGGUGACAUUUUUCCUAACCACUUGCAGUGCAAUUCUAAUUUUUUCUCUCUGUGAUUCAAUGGGAACUAACUCAGCAAUCAGGAAGCAUGUGAUAUUCCAGCUAUAAAAGUCAUCACUCAUAGUGAUAAGGGGAUAUAACCAGGACAUAGAUCUGGUGUUGUUUCUCUCCCUACAUGCUGUAUAUUGCGCUAUUGACAUUGACCUAGAUCUGUCAUCUCCAGCCCUUGGAGCAAUUCCAUCUUCCUGCCUCUUCUCCAACCACCAGCUUCUGGCUACCCUCAAUAAUAGCGUUUCAUCAAAAAACCUUAGUCACCAUACCUUUCUCCAUGCAGAAUUUACUGAACAAUUUCUUGGGAGUUAGGAGUUGAGAUGUCAUCUAGUAACCCUCCGCACUCUGGAAAGCUGACUACUUACAUCUAUCCUUACUAAAUGGCUAAAAGAGAACAUAUCUACAAAGAUCCUCCUAUGAACUGACAGUUUAAUCCCUCUAGUGGUUUUGACCUUGUUUUCUUCUAGAAAUCCAUAUACAUUACAAAUGGGGAAUAAUUUAUUUUAUGUUGAUCUCUCAAAGAUCAUUACUGGGCUUGGAAUGCCUGAUUUCCUCAAUAAACAGGGUUUUGUUCCUGCCUCCUACAGCACUGCAUCCAGUGAGUCAUACUGGUAUGACCUUUUGGCAGUAGAUUGUCUCAGUCCUUCUGACACUUCAUGAUCAGAUAUUCAACUUCCAGUGUCCAUAUCAAACUGUUUCACAAUUCUCAGCCAAUUUAGUAAGCAAACAUAAAAACAGUAUUAAAGAUUAUUCUGUGUUCCUCAUUCCGACCAUUGCAUUACUCCUCUGUUGAAACUGACUUUCCUCUAGCUCCCUUAGGUGCUUCACAAUGCCAUUAAUCUACACGAUGCGUAUGUUAAUAGCCAAGCCUGACAUAGAGGCUACACUAUAAACUGAGGGUAACCAAAGUUGUUGGCUGUUUCUCACCUGCAUAGCAGCUGUGUUCCCACUCUGCUUUGUCACAGUCCACCCGUUCUGCAGAGAGAUUUGAAGGUGCUGGAAGUCCUGGUACCUGCUGUGCUCUCAAGCAGCAAAGCACCAGUUAAGAGGGUCACUGCUCUCCUGGUGAGGUUGAUCACAGCUGCUCUCUACCCUUAGGACCUGACAGAUGCACUCAGAACUUCAGCAAUCUGGGAUGGAUUUAUAAUGCUGAGUGAGCACCUGGAGAUGGGAGCAGGUGUUACUGCUUCUACCAGCCAAGCCCCCCUGCCCAUCCUGUGUACCUUGCGACUCUGCUCCCAUUAAAUGGCCCCGUGCAAACUUCAGUUAAUUGUCUUAAUGACAGGAGGCCUGCAAAGGAGGGUAAGAAAAGCUCUUUUACAGCAGGUUGCUGGUGUUACUAUAGGGUCAUACUGUAUCCAGGCUGUACUCAGCCUGGGUGACAGUGUGGUUAUUGUUGACUGUAGGUGCAGUGCCACGCUCCAAGGUAAAACAUGAACUGAGCUGGGGCUCAACUUUAUCAAGCCUAAAAAAGGUUAAUGGAGACUUUCCCAGAAUGAUUGUGGCUAUAUGUGAGGCAGCAGUUUGGAUAAACAUUUGCUGUUUCAAGUAUGCCAUGAAAUGGCAUAGGUCAAGAGGUGAAGGCCUUAAGUUGCACCUGCAAAGGCUCCAGAUGAAUAUUAGGAAAAGUUUCUUCUUAGGAAGAGCUGUACUGCAUUGGCACAGGCUGCCCUGGGAGUUGGGGGGGUGGGGAUCACUGUCCCUGUAGAUGUUCAAGAAGUGUGGAGGUAUGGCACUGAGGUGUAUGGUUGGUGUGGGUUGAUGGUUGGACUAAACAAUUUUAGAGGUCUUUUGCAACCUUAAUUACUCCAUGAAAUGGUUUUAUAAUUAAGAAACACAUGAGCUAUUGUAUCAUAUACAGCAGACUAUAACAAACUUGACUGAUGUUUGGCCGUGUUCUUCCUACCAGUAAGGCUCUUUCUCCUGGAGCUGUAGUGUUGUGUUUCACAUCCAUGCCUUUCUGCUGUAGUUCCCACAUGAACAUCUUAUCCUGCCGUCUAUCUUUCUCUAACCAGGUGGGAAGCCAGCACUAAACAGCUAACAGAUGUCAGGCUUAGACUGGAGAUUGACCUUCAAUUAAGCUUAAAUUUCCCCCAGUUAUCUAGUAGUUAGUUUACAAUCUAACUGGAAAAAAAAAAUGUUUUCUAGAAGACAGAUGGAGUGACUUUGAAGACUGCUGAAGGACAAUUGCAAGCUCUCCAAGCCAAAGCAGAUAAAAGUUUAUAAGUAACCAGCAAGCCUGCCCCACCCAUGCCCUCCUGGGCAUCCUACUGCUUGAAGGUAGCCAUGCAGGAUCGUGGAAUUGGGUGAGAAGGAAUGGAAUUGAGCCCUGGCCCAAGCCCUGCUCCAGCAGGGCCCCACAGCAACCUCCUGGUUCCUUCCUGAGGGCUGAAGAAUGGCCAUUGCUCCUGAGGCUCUGAAACAGCCUGGUUUACAACAUGAAGCCAUCGGGAAGGCCCAAAGCAAGGCAGGGGGCUGGGGAAACACUGAUUUCUACAGCUGAACUCCCAUCACUUCUUGCCUUCUACAUAAAGCUGUCAAGGAGAUUGUAUGAUGGCUGCUGCCUUGUAAAUCUCACACCAAACCAAGUUGAGCAGAAAUUCUCAAGAUUUCACUGGUAGAAAGAAUGGUAGCAAAGCAAAGCACACAUGUGACCUGAUAGGUAAGAGCAAGUGUGUGAUGAAGUGCUCAGCCAUGCUGGUGCAGUGUCCUGUACUCAUUUCUGAGACCUCAGUUGCCACAAAAAAAAAAGCCUGCACAGAGUUAACAGAUGGAAACAUGAAAUAUUAAAUGAGUGACUCCCAUAAGCCUCUAGUUCAGCAGCACUGCAUGUGGGAUUUCUGCUUUGCUGUGGCUGUGCUGCCCUAAUACCUUCAGCAGCCUUGCUCUGAAUGACCCCCUCUCCUUCCAAAAGCCCAUACAGGUGCAAGUGAUGGGAUGGGUGGGGUUUGUUCUUACUGAGGAGAUAGAGCAGGACAGUUAGGGGUGGCCUGAGGCAGCCAUAAGCCAUCAUCCUCCCCUGACCUCCGCACUCUCCAGGUGAGUCUUCAUCACCACCCUCCCCAAGCCAGCGAGGAAACGUACCCAGGUGACAUUAAGGUGGAGAAGCUGGAGGGGUUACAGUAUAAACAAAGGCAGGGCCAUGUGGACAAUAAACAGUUUAUUACCAAUAUGAACACAGAUACUGUGAUGCAGACGUACCAUUUUUUUUUAAUAUUGUGAUAACUCUGAGACAAAGAACUUGUUGGCUGACAACUAACAUGUCUCUUUUCUUCUGGUGAUGCCACAAUACAUUUCUGUUGGCAAAGGAUCUUCAUUUACAUUGCAGACUACUAAUAAAAUUACUUUGAAGUCAUCUAUCAAAAGCAAA